AUGUCGUCAGAUUACACCUACGAUGAGCAGGGACAAUUCUUCCCCUUCUUCAUCCUGACGUUGACUGGCCUGGUCACCCUCCCUCUCACCUACAACCUCCUCAAACCAAGCAAAGAGCUCGAAAACACCGCUCCCCGCAUCAAAUCCGACUUCAAACCUCAACAUGGCGACCUCAUCGAGGCACAGAAGCGCAAACGCCUGCGCAAGGAGCGCCGGAUCAAGCGUAUCGUCACGGUCAUCCUGGGAUACUUGGUGAUGGCAUGGAUGGUGUAUUUGAUCCUCGUCACGGCGCGGACAACGCCCAAGUUGUACGAUCCGUAUGAGAUCUUGGGGAUCGCACGGAGCGCCGACGAAAAAGCCAUCUCCAAACACUACAAGCGCCUCUCCCUCAUCUACCACCCCGAUAAAAUUCGCCCCGAUGCCGCCAAGAAUGAGACCGUCGAGAUGCUCAACGAGCGCUUCCACGAACUCACCCAGGCCUACAAAGCGCUGACCGAUGAGGAUGUCCGCAACAACUACCUCCAAUAUGGCCACCCGGAUGGCAAGCAGAGCUUCAGCAUUGGCAUCGCGCUGCCCAAGUUCAUUGUCACGGAAGGCAAUCAGAAAUACGUCCUGCUAGUCUACGGAGCCCUGCUAGGUGUUCUCCUUCCGUACAUUGUUGGCAAGUGGUGGUACGGCUCCCAAAGAUAUACCAAGGAACGUGUUCUUAUUGCUACCGCUGGCAAUAUCUUCCGCGAGUACAAAGAAGACAUGACAGAUGGUGAUAUCGUUAGCGCUCUCUCCUCGGGCGAGGAGUUUAAGGAUAUGCUUCAGGGUGCCCAGGCAGAUUAUGGACUAGGGAAACUGGAGAAGAAGGUGCUGGCAGACGAUUCCUCGUUCCUCUCCGCCAAGGACCGCGAGACCCUCAAGAAAAUCGACAACUCCGCUCGCCGGAAGGCGCUGGCUUUGUUGUGGGCGUACCUUGGCCGAGUGGAGCUGGAUGAUACAACUCUUGAUGCUGGUAAGUUUAAAAAUACGAAGCUGCUCCCAUCGCCCCUCUCCCUAAGCGAGGCAUUCAAUGCUAUCGCGCUGGCCUUUGGUAACCUGCGACCUAUUAUUGGUGCUUUCCAAUCAUCUCAAAACCUCAUCCAGGCGGUCCCACCGGGCUCGUCGCCGCUCUUGCAACUUCCCAACUUCACCAACGCCGUCGUCAAAUCCGUCGAGGGCCAACAUUCCAAGGAUCAUCUCACCGUCCAAAGUUUCAUGAAGAUGCCCGAGGACCAACGCCGCAAACUUACGGUUGGUGCUGGUCUGUUGUCGGAGAAGCAGUACACCGAAGCCCUCACAGUCGCACGGCAACUGCCUGCGCUUGAGGUCUCCAAGGCAUUCUUCAAGGUUAUGGGUGAGAAGGUCAUCACACCGAGCAGUCUGGUACAGCUAGUCGUGAAGGCCCGACUCAUCCCACCAGGAUGCACCAACGUGCCGGCGGUUAAUGAAUUGGACCUGGAGGACGUCGACCCCGAUGAAGACGACCUGGACGCACUGAUGGGGCGUAAGGCGGCGAAGAACAAGACCGUCAAGAUUGUCGACGGCAAGAAAGUCGAGACCAAGUUGGAGACAAUCCAACCACCUCUGGCCCAUGCUCCUUACCUCGCUCGCGACCACUCUCCGCGCUGGCACAUCUUCCUGGCAGACGCCAAGCAGGGCAAGAUGGCCGUGCCGCCGUUCACCUUCACAACGUUCGACAAGCCGCUCUUCGACGAAGCAGGCAAACCCACCUUCAACGUCCAGACACUGAAGAUGCAAUUCCAAGCUCCCCCGCAGGUCGGCGACUUCACCUUCGUCAUGCACAUGCUCUGCGACAGUUAUCUGGGGCUAGACAGCAAGGUGGAAAUCACCCUGCACAUUGACGACCCUGCCAAAGCGGUGGCCGUGGAGGAGGACGAUGAUAUCAGCGAGCCAGACGAGGACUCCAUCGCCGGCCAAAUGCACGCCCUCAAGACGGGCAGCGUGCCCAAGAAAAAGACACAAAAGCCCUCCGAAGACUCCAGCGAGGAUGAUAGUGACACCGACGGCGACGCAGGUGAUACCAGCGACACCAACACAGAAACGGACGUCGAGGAUUAA